GUCUGUCGCGAUUAGGCCCAAUCCUUGUCUCAGCGCACUGAUCGACUCGGAGAUUCUUCCGCAAGCAUCUGUCAAACAUGCGACCUCCUAUCAACGAAAGCGUGCUGUCAUUCCCUGCUCGUGCCAUACGAUCCUUGCUGUCUGUGGGCCAGGAUGUAGAUGCUUCACGAAGUAUCCGGAAUGAUGCGCCGACUCCCGUUCUUCGCCUUCCACCCGAAAUCUUGGGCUAUGUAUUUCAAUUUCUUCCUUCUCGAUGGACUGUGACAGAGUACGACAGAGGCUGGAACGCGAAUUACAGCGUAGCGCGGACAGGAAGGGUCACUCGAUUCUUUGUUCUCAGCCACGUAUGUCGAACGUGGCGUGAUACCGCAAUCGGGACGCCAAACCUCUGGGAAGACAUGUUUGUUCCCCCUCCGCCAGCCUACGUGCACAGACAAGGACGUAGCAGCACUGUGCUGAGAGGCCGUAACUACGACAUUACCGAACCAAAGCUCUGGCUCGAUUUCGACUUUUGGGGCAGCAGCUUCUACACACCCUCCAUGGAGGCUGUGAUACAACGUUCUAUCAGCACGAUUCCCACUCUGAAAAGUUACGAACUUUGGGGUGCUGGUGCUCGCUACUUUCUCGAACAUGCGCAACAGCGUGCCCCGGAACUUUACCAACUGAACUUGAUAGGGACUCAACAUUCUGUACCCCCGACAAUCCCGAAAACGAUGCUCGCGGGGGAUGCCCCCAACCUCCGCGAGCUUCGACUUUUGUUCCUCACCAUACCGCCUACCUUAACUCUCCUUCGCGGUCUAGAAAUUCUAGAGAUUCAUGGCGGUUCCAUGAUGGGUGGUACACGCCCUCUCACGAAAUGGCCGCUGGAGGAGUGGCUCGAGGCACUAGGCAACAUGCCACGGCUUCACACGGUGGUGUUAGCGGAAGUCAUAGACACACAACGCAAGUCCCACGAUCCCGGCCCUUCCACCGUCAUUGACCUCCCCUCUCUUGUUUCCAUGUCCCUCGAAAUCGAUUCGCUCGUUACCUGUGCUCGUCUUCUAUGCCGCAUCGACCUUCCACCUAGGGCAUUAGUGAGGUUCACGUGCUAUGAUCCUCACAUCUCUCGUUCCCUGCUCGCAGGUCGAAAGGCGUUCACCUCGGCACCUAACGCACUCCAGUCGGCUAUCGAGAGCCUGACAAUCUUGGCUCAACCGCCAAAUAAAGAGAUGAAUAUGUAUUUCCAGACUGCGCAGAACGAGAUACGCUUCGACUUGUGGAAUCUCCGCCGAAGCGAGUUUCCUCUGGCCUUCGUGCCCCCUAGCAAUUCCGUCGAGGUCAGCAGGGUGAUCACUGGCCAACGCUGUACAAGCAACUUCCUGAAGUGCGAUAUAUGCAUGUCUACGAUGCAGAAUGGCGCGAUUCUACUCGCGCUUUAGAUUAUUCACGGAAUGGGACUGCCGUACUUCCCUCCUUGCGGCGGUUAGAAUACUUGGAUGCAGAGACCACGACCUUCUAUCAAGAGCUGGCUUCCGCAUUGAAGAAAAGAAACCAAAGGUCCGCGCAGGUGUUGGAUCUAAAUAUCAAUGUCCAAAAUGUUCCAUGUCGAACAGAAGAGGACCUCAAGGUCAUAUCUGAGAGGGGUCAGGGAACGAGAAGUCGUGUUUCGCUUGGAGGUCGGCGAACGACAUCAGGGGUCUUACAAGGGGGGAUCGUAUGGGCAUUGCCUUAUGGACAUGGUUGACCACACAAG